GUUUUAUACCGAUAAACCGAGUCAACGGGAUUUGCUAAAAUAAAUAUUUUUUUAUUACACGAUGUAUACUAUUUGCGUGUGACUAUUUCGCCUCGGAGCGCUGAAUGUUUUUUAAAUUAUCGAAAUUCCUAGUUGUCCUCGCCGUCGCCGUGGCCUGCGCCGCCGCUGACGUUUCCCACGUCGUCAGAUCUGACGAAUCUCAAGCCCCUAUCGUAAGAUCCAAUUACGAAAUCCAUCCCGAGGGUCACUUCGAGUACGCUCAAGAAACCGGCAAUGGCAUCGUCUCCCAAGCUCAGGGUGUCGUGAAGAACCCAAACUCUGAAAACGCCGCUCUUGAAGUUAAGGGUUCCGUCCGAUACAACGCCCCUGAUGGCACUCCCGUCAACUUAGAGUACAUCUCCGACGAAAAUGGAUACAGGCCCACUGGCAGCCACAUUCCCGUCUCGCCACCAAUCCCAGAGCUGAUCCUCCGCAGUCUCCAAUACAUCGCCGACCACCCAGCCCCAGUCGUCACCAGGAAAACCGUCUAAGCUAACCACCAUGACCUUACUACGAUCACU